UGCGCUGCGGUACUCCGCAACUCGCCGCCGCGGGCGCUAGGCCGCUAGCCUCCCUCCCUCAUCGCCGACCCGCGCAGGCAGGUGUCGGCGACUCGGCGUGCGGCUCCGCCUCCGUCGCUCCAGUGCCCGCAGGCAGCUGGCUCUGCGCUUCCUCUUGGUCCUCGUCUCCGGACGCACAGCGAGGUCACCAUUGCUUGUAGGCAGGCCCCAACAAUUGCAGACCCCCUCCAUCCUAUCCUCCUAUAAUGGUGAUUUGGAGUUGCUCUUCUUGUCUCCGUGGAUUCAUUUCCAGAUCUGCAUGGAGGAUCCACUACCCACUCUUGUCUCCUAGGUCUCCUGCACCGCUUCUGACCCAUUUCUUCUCCUCCUCCCCUCGACGAUCCAACAAGAGAUCUGCUGCAAAGGUUUCAAUGGACUCUGCCAGAGAGCCCUUCUAUGUCAUCCGUAAGGGGGGUGUCAUCGCCAUCUAUAAGACCCUCAGUGACUGCCAAGCUCAAGUCGGUAAUUCGGUAUGUGACCCUUCUGUCACUGUCUACAAAGGCUAUUCUCUGAGUAAAGAAACUGAGGAAUAUCUUGCUGCGCGUGGGUUAAAAAACGCUAUCUAUUGCAUCGAUGCAGCAGAUGCAAGAGAUGAAUUGUUUAAUGAUCUGGUUCCCUGCCCUUUUCAGCAACCUGAUGGAUCUGUGCAGUCUACAUUGAAAAGGUCAGAGGAGAUGACUGAUAAUCAUUUUCUGAAGGAAACUGGACCAUCAAACCAUCAAAAAGUUGCUGAACAGGAACUGUUAUCUGAUAGUGAUCUCUCUUGUAUUCUUGAAUUUGAUGGUGCUUGUAAAGGAAAUCCCGGGAAAUCAGGUGCUGGAGUUAUAAUUCGGAGGUUAGAUGGAUCUGUGAUUGCUCUACUCCGUGAGGGUUUAGGUAUUACAACCAACAAUGCUGCUGAAUACCGUGCAUUGAUCCUGGGGCUAGAUUAUGCUGCCAAGAAGGGAUUCAAGCAUAUUCGUGCUCAAGGUGACUCUAAGCUUGUCUGUAACCAGGUUCAAGAUCUCUGGCGGUGUAGGAGUGAUAAUAUGGCUGUCUUGUGCAAGAAAGCCAAGGAACUCAAGGGAACGUUUCUUACAUUUCAAAUCAACCAUGUGUUGAGGGAAUUGAACUCGGAUGCUGACGUUCAAGCGAACUUUGCUGUCGGACUUGCAGUUGAUCAAGUUGAGGAGCUGUGCGUCUGUUGAGCUCCCAUUGGCAGAGAAAACAAGACAUUGAGUAGAGCGAUUACAGCUGCAGUUGAAAUUAGACAUUCACAUGUGUGCAGUGUACGUGUACUCGAGGAAAUCAGUCAGCCAGCCAGUCGUGUCUAAUAUUCUUUGGAAGUCAGUGCUAGGGGAAUGUUCUUCUGUGCCCUGCCAAUAUAUGUGCACGAGACGACGUUGUAUUUUGAGCGGCUAGUGUUGGUGGUAAAAUGAAGAGCCCUGUUGGAAUUCGCUA